UUCAUACCUCUCAAAGUUGCAGCAGCUGGUUUGGCCGGAGAUCUAGCUAAGCCCAUCCUCAAUACUGAUCAUGAGCUUUCUUACUUGUCCAGUCUAGCUAGUAGUUCUAAUUCUAAAGCUCCCUGAACCAGAGUUUGUCCAAACUUUCAACAAAUCGUUUUCCAUAAUCUCAUUCUCUCUAUAAAAUCUAAACCGGAAUUGAUUCAGAGAACGAAGGGGUUGUGAGCUGCGAUUACUACUGGAAUCUGUAAGUAGAACACGAACAGAAACUGAUCGAGUGCAAUAUUGGUUCAUUAGAAGAAGGGAAUUAAAGGAGUAUGUGGAGGCUUAAGAUCGGGCAGGGCGGUGAUCCUUAUCUGUACAGCACCAACAACUAUGUGGGACGACAGAUUUGGGAGUUUGAUCCUGACUACGGCACACCUGAACAGCGUGCCCAGGUCGAAACUGCUCGCCAGGAAUUCAGGAACAACCGCCGCUCUGUCAAGCCCAGCGGUGAUGUUCUUCUGCGCUUCCAGCUCUUGAAGGAGAAUAGCUUUGUUCAAACAAUACCACCAGUGAAGAUAGGAGACAAUGAGGAGAUAACCUAUGAAGCUGCUACUGCUGCACUUAAGAGGGCUGUCCAAUUCCACGCUGCCAUCCAGGCGAGCGACGGCCAUUGGCCAGCUGAAAAUACCGGUCCACUGUUCUUUCUUCCUCCAUUGGUUAUAUGUCUAUACAUCACUGGACAUCUUAACACCGUCUUUCAAGCUGAGCAUCGCAAAGAGAUUCUUCGUUAUAUAUAUAAUCACCAGAAUGAAGAUGGAGGUUGGGGGCUACACAUAGAGGGCCACAGUAUCAUGUUCUGUACAGCACUUAACUACAUUUCUAUGAGGAUUCUAGGAGAAGGGUCUGAAGGUGGGCUAGAUGGGGCCGUUCCAAGAGCACGCAAAUGGAUCAUUGACCAUGGUGGUGCUACCAUGAUACCAUCUUGGGGAAAGACUUGGCUUUCGAUACUUGGAGUAUAUGAAUGGGAAGGCAGCAACCCAAUGCCUCCAGAAUUCUGGAUUCUCCCAUCCUUUCUCCCCAUGCAUCCAGCUAAGAUGUGGUGCUACUGUCGCAUGGUUUACAUGCCUAUGUCAUAUUUAUAUGGCAAGAGGUUCGUAGGUCCAAUUACACUUCUCGUUCUGCAACUUAGGGAGGAGCUUCACACUCAACCUUACCAUGAAAUAAAAUGGAGCAGAACCCGCCACAUAUGUGCAAAGGAGGACCUCUACUACCCUCAUCCUUUCAUCCAAGACUUGCUGUGGGAUAGUCUUUAUUUUCUUACCGAACCACUGUUGACAAGAUGGCCCUUUAACAAGUUGAGAGAAAUGGCGCUGAAAACAACCAUGAAGCACAUCCACUAUGAAGAUGACAACAGUCGAUACAUUACAAUUGGAUGUGUGGAGAAAGUGUUAUGCAUGCUUGCUUGUUGGGUGGAAGAUCCAAAUGGGGAUGCAUUCAAGCACCACCUUGCCAGGAUUCCAGAUUACAUUUGGGUUGCUGAAGACGGAAUGAAGAUGCAGAGUUUUGGUAGUCAGCAGUGGGACACUGGUUUUGCAGUUCAAGCAAUAAUGGCGAGUAAUCUUCCACUCAAUGAAAUUGGCUCUUGCCUUAAGAAGGGGCAUGAUUUCAUUAAAAAGUCACAGGUUCAGGACAACCCAUCUGGUGAUUUUGGAAGAAUGUAUCGUCACAUUUCAAAAGGAUCGUGGACAUUUUCAGAUCAAGAUCAUGGGUGGCAAGUAUCAGACUGUACUGCAGAAGGCCUGAAGGCCUGUCUCAUGUUUUCACUUUUGCCACAAGAAUUUGUUGGUGAAAAAAUGGAACCAAAUAAACUUUUUGACUCUGUUAACCUUCUUCUUUCUCUACAGAGCAAAAAUGGUGGUUUAACAGCUUGGGAGCCAGCUAGGGCAGAAAAUUGGUUGGAGCUGCUCAACCCAACAGAGUUUUUCGCAGACAUUGUUAUUGAGCAUGAAUAUGUUGAAUGCACUGCAUCAGCAAUACAAGCUCUAGUACUGUUCAUGAAGUUAUAUCCAAGCCAUAGGGAGAAAGAAAUAGAAAAUUUCAUCUCAAAAGCAGUGCAUUUUCUUGAACAGAUACAAAUGCCUGAUGGCUCAUGGUAUGGAAAUUGGGGAGUUUGUUUUACCUAUGGCACAUGGUUUGCAAUGGGAGGGCUUGUAGCAGCUGGAAAGACCUAUUUUAACUGUAAAGCAGUUCAGAAAGCUGUUCAUUUUCUGCUAUCAACACAACAAGAAUCUGGUGGCUGGGGAGAGAGUUACCUCUCAUGCCCAAAUAAGAAAUACAUCCCUCUAGAAGGUGGUAGAUCAAACUUAGUACACACGGCAUGGGCAAUGAUGGGUCUUAUCCAUUCUGGACAGGCAGAGAGAGAUGCAACACCCUUGCAUCGUGCAGCAAAGCUAUUGAUUAAUUCACAAAUGGAAGAUGGUGACUUUCCUCAACAGGAAAUCACUGGAGUCUUCAUGAAGAAUUGUAUGCUACACUAUGCAGCGUAUAGAAACAUAUUUCCACUGUGGGCGCUUGGAGAAUACAGGAGGCAGGUUAUGAGGCCUUCAAGAAACUUACAAUAUUAAGUCCUAAGUUUUAAAGUUCCCCUUUCCAAGAGAAAUGAAUGAUAAGUUCUUUAAUCUGAUAAUCACUUCUGCAUGUAUUUUCCAUUUUGAUGGUAACUAAGAUGCUGUAAUUACCAAGAAAAAUAGAAAGGAAGAAAGAAA